CGUAGAACCAACCACGCCGCCAGCUCACGGCACGACAACCUCCUCCCGCUUCCUCUCCCUCGUCGUCGUCGUCGACGUUCGAACAAUAUUCAGAAACAUCAUCGACCCUCUCGUUCCGUACAUCGACAUCGUUACCCUCCCUCCCCCAUAGACUUCCCUUGGAAUCUUCUACCAAAAAACCCUGAUACCUCUCCCCAUCAUGACCCUCAUCUCCCGAUCCGCCUACCGUCUCUCUCGACGAGCCGGCCAACAGGCCAAGCAGGCUCAACGUGUCGCCGGGUUGAGCACCGCCGCCAAGGUCGCUCAGCAGGUCCCUGCCAUGUUGAGGGCUGACAACAGGGUCUCCAGGACUCUGCCCAAGGCCAAGGAGGUCUCUGCCCGAACCUACGCCACCUCUGCCGCCACCCAGAUCGGAGCCAUCAAGUCGGUCAUCGGAGCCGUCGUCGACGUCCAGUUCGACACUGCCGACCUUCCUCCUAUCCUCAACGCCUUGGACGUUCAAUUCGAGGGUAGCCAGGUUGCCCCUGAGGGUGGACGAUUGGUGCUCGAGGUCGCUCAGCACUUGGGAGAGAACACCUGUAGGUGUAUCGCCAUGGAGGGUACCGACGGUCUCGUCCGAGGACAGAAGGUCGUCGACACCGGUGCUCCCAUCACCAUCCCGGUCGGACCCAAGACCCUUGGUCGAAUCAUGAACGUCAUCGGUCAGCCCAUCGACAACCGAGGCCCUAUCGAGGGAGUCAAGCAGGCCCCCAUUCACGCCGACGCUCCUUCGUUCGUUGACCAGUCGAUCGUCCCCGAGAUCUUGGAGACCGGUAUCAAGGUCGUCGACCUGUUGGCUCCUUACGCCCGAGGAGGAAAGAUUGGUUUGUUCGGUGGUGCCGGUGUCGGAAAGACCGUCUUGAUUCAAGAGCUCAUUAACAACAUCGCCAAGGCUCACGGAGGUUACUCCGUCUUCACCGGUGUCGGUGAGCGAACCCGAGAGGGUAACGAUUUGUACCACGAAAUGAGGGAGACCGGUGUCAUCAACCUCGAGGGUGACUCCAAGGUCGCUCUCGUUUUCGGUCAGAUGAACGAGCCCCCCGGUGCCCGAGCCCGUGUCGCCUUGACCGGUUUGACCAUUGCCGAGUACUUCCGAGACGAGGAGGGUCAGGACGUCUUGUUGUUCAUCGACAACAUUUUCCGAUUCACCCAGGCCGGUUCCGAGGUGUCCGCCCUUUUGGGACGUAUCCCUUCGGCCGUCGGUUACCAGCCCACCUUGUCCACCGACAUGGGUACCAUGCAGGAGCGAAUUACCACCACCAAGAAGGGUUCCAUCACUUCCGUCCAGGCCGUUUACGUGCCCGCUGACGAUUUGACCGACCCUGCCCCGGCCACCACUUUCGCCCAUUUGGACGCCACCACCGUCUUGUCGCGAGGUAUCGCCGAGUUGGGUAUCUACCCCGCCGUCGACCCCCUCGACUCCAAGUCCCGUAUGUUGGACCCCCGAGUCGUCGGUCAGGAGCACUACGAUAUUGCCACCAAGGUCCAGCAGAUCUUGCAAAACUACAAGUCGUUGCAGGACAUUAUCGCCAUUUUGGGUAUGGACGAGUUGUCUGAGGAGGACAAGCUUACCGUCGAGCGUGCCCGAAAGAUCCAGAGGUUCAUGUCGCAGCCCUUCGCCGUCGCCCAGGUCUUCACUGGUAUCGAGGGACGACUCGUCUCGUUGAAGGACACCAUCGCCGCUUUCAAGGAGAUCUUGGACGGAGACCACGAUGCUCUCCCCGAGUCCGCUUUCUACAUGGUUGGAGGUAUCGAUGACGUCAAGGCUAAGGCCCAGGAGUUGCAGCGACAGAUGGCCGCCUAGAGGGCCGGACGGACGAGUUCGAGUCUUCUAGAGUAGAUGAAUGAAAAUGAAGAGCUGUUUUCGGAAAAAAAAUAUCUGAAAAUGAGAUGAUCACAUGUGCAUUUUCGUGG